AUGUGCGGCACGAUGGACUACCUGCCCCCGGAGAUGAUCAUCGGCAACAAACAUACCGACAAAGUGGACUUGUGGUCGUUGGGUGUGCUCUGCUACGAGUUCCUCGUCGGCUCGCCCCCAUUCGAAAGUGACGAGACCCAGCUCACGUAUAAGAAGAUUAGAAAUGUCGACUACAAAUUCCCGUCCAGCAUCUCGGCGGGGGCUCGGGACCUCAUCCGAAAGUUGCUCGUCUUCAAGCCCACCGACCGGCUCACCCUCGAAGGCGUAAAAGAACACGAAUGGGUAAAGAGCCACGUACGCGCCCGUCGGGUCGAGCGACGCGGUGACCGAUCAAAGGAGACGAGCCAUGACCACUCCUCUUCCAACCGCACCGACUACAACAACCAA